AUGCCACUUUUUGGGAAAAUCGUUGUCAUUAAAAGAAAUGGGACUGAUGGAACUCAUUUUCCACUGACUACAAAGUCUUGUUUGUUUGGAAGGAAAAAAGAAUGUGACAUCCGAAUCCAGCUGCCUCAGGUUUCUAAAGAACACUGUAAAAUAGAACUCAAUGAAAAUAAGGAGGCAAUUUUGUUUAACUUAAGUUCUGUAACUCCAACACAACUGAAUGGAAGUAGCUUUCAGGAUUCUGCAGCCUUAAAGCAUGGAGAUCUACUGACUAUUAUUGAUCGUUCUUUCAGGUUUGAAUAUCCACACCUGUCAUAUCCCCAGAAGAGGCUUCCCAGAUCUCAAGAGAAGGAAACGUUACAGGUUCUUCAUAUCCAGCAGGUAGAACAGGAGGAGUUGUUGCACCCUCAGGAUUCAGAAUAUAAAAGUCCUCAGAUUUCUGACAAACUUGAACAGGAAAGCAAAUCUAAUGGUAGUGAGAAGAUAAAAACUCCAGAACAUAUUACUGGACAAAAUGGCACACCUGAAUCUACAUAUAAAAUACGCAAAUCAGAAAGAAAAAAUGAGAUGUCUCCUUUUAGCAAACUUUUUGAAUUAUUGAAGCAUGAAGGUGGUACAAAAAGUGCAGAGGAAGAUGUCAAUAAUGAGACAUGCAUAGUGCAAAGAAGAUACUCACCCAGAAAAGAUGGUAAUGAUAUCUUGCAGGAAGCUGCAUCUCAGACACGAUGUAGAAGCUCUGCAUCUGGCCAAACUAAGAGAACUGAGACAGUAAUUUUGAAAGAAAUGGAACAUUCUGGAGAUAUUAAAAAUCAAGUAAUAAACAGUUCAGUAUCAAAUCCAACAUCUUUUGAAGAGAACAGCUCUAGAAAAUCAUUUUCAAGUCUUCAAAGCUAUGCUACAAAACAGAAACUAGGAAAUGAAGUCACAAAUCAGUUACAAAAUAAUUAUACCGAAGAGAAUGAAUUGGAAAAAUCUGAAGUUAUUAAUUCUAGUAAUGAUGCAGUUUUCAGAACAAAUAGACGAAGCGCAAAACACUUACCUGAUUCGUGUUGCAUAGUGUCAUUGGACCCUAUAGAUAAAGCAAGGCAUCCUAAAAGAUCAGUAGAACAGGCAAUAGGGCCAAUUGCUGAUGUAGAAAUCAAAACUUUUGGAUCUGUUGGAAGUGUUUUGCCCAUACCAAAAUCUAACAGAGAGAGUUUUCAUGCAAAUUCUAGUCCAUGUUAUAGAACAGCCAGAAGAAGCUCUUCAAAGUCUAGAAAGCUACAGGUUGAACUAGAUUCGUUGAUUGAAAUGACAAGCGCUGCAGAAGGCUCUGCUGAAAUUGAGAAAUCCUCAAUGCAUGAUAAUACAGGGAAAUAUGAAUCUGAUUUCUUAAUUGAGAAUAAAUGUUCUAAACUAAAAGGGAAUAAUACAGUUUUGGCCACAGAACCAACACAAACUCUGGCAGAAAUGAAAAAUGAGAAUUGUGCAAAUUGCAUCACAAAAGAUGGAAACUCUGGAAUUACUACCAAUUCACUUCAUGGUAGUAACAGAAAAAGUACCAGAAGGAGUAUUAAACAAAACAAAGACGUCUCUGAUGGAAGUUCGUUUAUAGAGGAGAUACUAGCAGGGAAGACAGAGUCUUUUGGAACAGGGAGAAGAACGUCUAAGCAGCUACCUGAAGAAAAUGUCAGGGGAAACUGGCCUCAGGAGGAUAAGAUCAAAGGAUCAGCUACAAAUGACCAUGAGCAGUACAUUUACAUGAAAAAUAUACUAGUACCUUUCAACUUACCUGAAAGUGAUAAUGCAAGCAGUGGCCAAAUGCCAGCUGAGAAUGAGGCUGUUUCAGAAAUGAAUGUGUCAAGCCCAUUUAGUGUAAAGAGAAAGUCAGAAGUUAAGAAAUCACCUCGAAAACGUAAAGGUAGAGAACUUGAUUUAUUAAAUCAACCGCCUGGAAAGAGAAAAAGAGUGUCGUUUGGUGGUCACCUGAGCCCUGAACUGUUUGAUAAGCGUUUACCUCCAAACUCGCCACUGAAGAGAGGGGCAAUUCCAGCAAGAUUGAGCUUGCCAUUUAGCAAUUCUCCUCGAGCAGUUCUGAAAAAAGCUUCAGGUUUAAGACAUUCUCUAGUCAAGGGGUUUUCUGAAAGAGAGCAACGUAAGAGUAUUUUUCCCCAAACAGUUGCCACACCCCCGGCCCACCACUCUCCUGCUGCCGUGGCCCGCAGGUCUCCGGCUGCCACGCCCCUGGCCCGCAAGUCUCCGGCUGCCACGCCCACGGCCCGCAAGUCUCCGGCUGCCACGCCCACGGCCCGCAAGUCUCCGGCUGCCACGCCCACGGCCCGCAAGUCUCCGGCUGCCACGCCCACGGCCCGCAAGUCUCCGGCUGCCACGCCCACGGCCCGCAAGUCUCCGGCUGCCACGCCCACGGCCCGCAGGUCUCCGGCUGCCACGCCCACGGCCCGCAGGUCUCCGGCUGCCACGCCCACGGCCCGCCGGUCCCCACCUGCCUCGCCCACGGCCCGCCGGUCCCCACCUGCCUCGCCCACGGCUGCCUCGCCCACGGCUCGCCAGUCCACGGCUGCCUCGCCCACGGCCCGCCGGUGUCCGGCUGCCUCGCCCACGGCCCGCCGGUCUCCGGCUGCCUCGCCCACGGCCCGCCGGUCUCCGGCUGCCUCGCCCACGGCCCGCCGGUCUCCGGCUGCCUCGCCCACGGCCCGCCGGUCUCCGGCUGCCUCGCCCACGGCCCGCCGGUCCCCGGAUGCCUCGCCCACGGCCCGCAAAUCUCCGGCUGCCUCGCCCCCGGCUCGGCAGUCUCCAGCUCUGGUUGCCUCGUCCCCGGCCCACAAAUCUCCGGCUGCCUCACCCUCAGCCUGCAUCUCUCGUAACAUACCCCAAAGCAGAGGACGGUUCUCGGUUUCCCGUGUUAUCAGCCCAUCUUUUUCAGGAGAGCAGGAUGCUAUUACCACACAGUUACAUAUAAAUAAAGAGCUCACCAUAAAAACACUUGAACCUAUUGAGCAACAAUGCAAACCACCUUGGUCAAUAAGGAGAAGCAAACAAUUUGGUCCAAGGAGAAGUUCUUUGCACAGGAGAAGUGGUGCUAUGGAUGCCAUUCAUUCCAAAAGACGAAGUGGUGCAUCUGAAGCCAACUUGUUAGUUGCAAAGUCUUGGGCAGAGGUAGUGAAGCAGGGUGUUCCAAAAUCACAGCUAAGAACUACAAAACGUGGCCUUAAAAGAUCAACCAAGAAGAUACCUGCAAAACCAUCAAAGAACAAUGUUUCCUCAUUAAAAACACCAACAAGAAAAGUCAAGGGUCACUUUACUACAGGCCAUGCAAAUUCUCCAGCUCCAAUUGUGAUUGGAAAAGCUCAUACCAGCAUUAUGAAUGCAGCUGCACAAGUCCCUAAAGUUAUGUUCAACUAUUCUUUGAAGCAACAUUGUGACUUAAAUGAAAGUUUUACAGGGAUGGCUGAGAUGUUCAACACUCCACUGAAUGGAAAUCAGAAAAGUUCUCUGCCUUCUAUUCAAAAGACGAAGAUGCCAGCACCAGAUGUUAUCUCAAAAAUACACACUCCAGAAGAAUCCGGAAUGAUAUCUACAUCAUCUGUCAACAUAUCAACCCAACAAAUACUUUACAAUCAAGAUAUAAUAUCCCCCAUCUUGAAAGAAGUGUCUCAAGUUUCCACUCUUGAGCAAGAUGACCUACAGAUGACUCCCAGAGGAGCAAAUACUGUAUUAGAAGAAAUUGUAAGGCAAAAUAGCUCACUGGUAACAGAAAAUGAAACAACAGUAGAAGUAGAGCAAAAUAAAACUCCCAAACAAACGUUAGAGCCCGUCACAGCGCUUUCAGGGGUCAAGCGGCUAUUGAGGACACCCAAGCAAAAACCGGAGCCAAUUGAGGCAUUUUCUGGGGUGAAGCGGCGCUUGAGAACACCUAAGCAAAACAUUGAGUCCAUUGAGGUGCUUUCAGGGAUCAGGAGGCUCUUGAGAACACCCAAGCAAGAACCUGCACCCGUCGAGGUGGUUUCAGGGAUCAAGAGGCUCUUCAGAACACCCAAGCAAAAACCUGAGCCUGUUGAGGUGCUUUCAGGGAUCAAGAGGCUCUUGAGAACACCUAAGCAAAAACCUGAGCCUGUUGAGGUGCUUUCAGAGAUCAAGAGGCUCUUGAAAACACCUAAGCAAAAACCUGAGCCUGUUGAAGCACUUUCAGGUGUAAAAUCACUCUUGAAAACACCUAAGCAAAAACUGGAAUCUGUUGUAGCUGAUACUGUCUGCUCCAAAUUUUUGAAUUCUCCAGAAGAAUUAGAGGAACUGAUGGGAAGUGUUACCGAGAGAAGAGAGAAACAUAGAAUGGAACCUAUGGGAGAUAUUGAUAUUAAUAAUAUCAAAGAACCUAAGGAAAGAGUGAAGCUAGUGGAAGAUAUAGAAGGAAUUCAAAGGCGGUUGAGGACACCAAAACAAAAAUUUGAACCCGUGGAAGAUAUGGUUGGCAUUAGUCGACUACUGAAGACACCAAAGCAGAAGUUUAUGCCAGUUGAUGACUACUUAGGAUUGCAGAAGUUUAUGACUGAACCUAAGCCGAACUAUUUAAGUCCUGAAAUUGAUUAUACAGGUAUCAAAGAAAUGUUGGAUACUGCUGAUGAACAUAAGGAUGAAUCACCACAAUUUGUGAAUUUGGAGGAAGAUAAUGAAUCUUGUAUGAAUUCCAGAAAUGAACUUGAGCACAUGGAAAAUGUAUCUGAAAGUGAAGAAGUGAAACUGGAAGCUUCACUUGCAAGAAAAUCUCCUAUGCUACCAAGGGACAAUAGCAAAAAGGAUCCAAAAUUAGAAGACAGCUUGGAACAUGUUGCAUGUUACACAUUUAGUGAAUUAAAAACAUGUGCAGAAACAGAAACUAUUGAAAUUAUGUGUGUGCCUGAAAGCUAUGAGCAAGAUGGAAUGGAACCCCAACAUGGAUCCAAAGUUGAUUUUGUGAAAGAACCAGCUACAAACUCUAGUGCAGUAGAUUUAGAAAUGCUUGAGCCAUUGGCUUCAGUUAGAAGAACUAGGAGAGGGAAAACAAUUAAAUCCAGUUUUACAGAAGAACAUGAUACAAAGGUAACACACAAAAGGAACACCCGUAGAACAGAAUCAGAACAAACCAAUGAAAAGGUUGCCCAGAACAUCACUGAAAUUAGUCUACUGCAAAAAAACAAAAGCCACGUAUCAGCAGUUGAAAUUGAAGCAAAAAGAUCUUCAAGAGGAAAAUCUGGAAAACAUUCUGAUGAAACAAAGGGGAACAUACAGUCUGAUAACAUAAUACAUUCUCAGGAAUUACUGAGAUCUUCAAAGGAAACAUCAGUCAAAGCACAGCCAUAUGUGAGUAGGAGAAGGGUGGCAACUAAAAGAAAUGAACAAGCUGGAACAAGUUUGCAUUUAGAAGAAAAUGCACCAAACCAAGAAAAUGACAGUCAGUUAAUUACGAAAACAAGUCUAAGGUCUAGAAAUGGAAAAGAUAAAAAUGACCUGAAGUCUGAGCUUACAAAAAUAAAUAGCCCAGACAAAAUGCGAAAGCAAGAUUUUGAAACUUCAGGGGUGAAAAGCGUUGAAAAUAGCCUACUUAAAAGAACUAGAAGAGGAAAGGCUACCCCAACACAAAGAGAAAUCGAGAUAUUAAACAUAGCUGUUAAUGAGUAUACAUAUGAAAGUCAAGAAUGCACAGCAUCUAAAACAUGUAAAAUGGAAACUUUGGAAAACAAUCCAACAGAAGUAAAGGAAAAUGCAGCAAAGAGGAAAGGGAGAAAAGUUCAUUUUCUACUUGAGCCUGAAUCUUGUGAAGAAAAAUGUGUGCUUGGAGAUAAGGAUGGUACUCAUGAAGAAGAAAGGAGUGCAUUUGUUGAAAGUUCUACUUCCUCUACAAAAGAAAAUAUAUCACGGAGCAAGAGGAAAGCAGCUUCUCUUACAUCACAACCAGUUUGCAUCUCUCGUUCUAAAGGGAAGCAAACGUUAGAGAUUAGUGAAAGCAUAAAUUUGUCUUUUGAACACCAAGGAAAAUCUCUGCAAGAAAUUAAAAUUGAAGAGAAUCCUAAUGAAACUCAAAAGGUGAUAUUAGGAAGUGUGCAAAUCCCUGCAGAGCAUUGUCUGCCAAGAAGACAAAAGGUAGCAAAAGAGAAUCCACUCAGGAGAGGCAGAAGCAAGCAAGUUAUAUCUCAUGAAAUAUCCACACAAUAUGACAGUAAACAGGCAGCUGGUGGAAAAGACCAAAAUAUGGUUGUCACUGUAAAAGAGAAUCAACCCAAAAGGGGGAGAGGGAAAAGCAUUGUACCUGCAUUCCAAAUACCUUUGGAAAAAUUUGUUCUUGCAAAAGAGGAGCCAACAACAGGCAGUUUCAGUUCUGCCCAAGGAAAAUGUUGUUUGCAACAAGUUCAAAAUGAAGAGAAUCUUAAAGAAACUCAAAAGGUGCUAUUAGAAAGUGUACAACCCCCUCCAGAAUCUGGUUCACCAAGUAGAAAAAAGGUAGCAAAAGAGAAUGCACCCAGGAGAGGUAGAAGCAAACCAGUCAUGUCUCAAGAAAUUUCUGCAGAAUAUGACAGUAAACCAGCAGCUGGUAUAAACUACCAAAAUAUGGCUGUUGCCAUAAAAGAGAAUCAACCCAAAAGUGGGAGAGGGAAAAGCAUUGUACCUGCAUUCCAAAUACCUAUGCCUUUAGAAAGCAUUGCUGUUGCAAAGGAGGAACCAACAAUGGACAGUUCCAGUUCUGCUCAAGGAAAAUGUUCUUUGCAACAAGUCCAAAAUGAAGAGAAUCCUAAUGAAACUCCAACAGUGUCCUUGGAAACUGUGCAAACCUCUGCAGAACAGAGUCCACCAAAAAGACAAAAAGUAGCAAAAGAGAAUCUGCCCAGGAGAGGUAGAAGGAAACAAGUCAUAUCUCAGGAAACAUCCACAGAGAAUGACAGUAAACAGUCAGCUAGUGUAAAAAACCAAAAUAUGGUUGUUACUGUAAAAAAGAAUCAACCCAAAAGUGGGAGAGGGAAAAGCAUUGUACCUGCAUUCCAAAUACCUAUGCCUUUAGAAAGCAUUGCUGUUGCAAAGGAGGAACCAACAAUGGACAGUUCCAGUUCCGCUCAAGGAAAAUAUUCUUUGCAACAAGUCCAAAAUGAAGAGAAUCCUAAUGAAACUCCAACAGUGUCCUUGGAAACUGUGCAAACCUCUGCAGAACAGAGUCCACCAAAAAGACAAAAAGUAGCAAAAGAGAAUCUGCCCAGGAGAGGUAGAAGGAAACAAGUCAUAUCUCAGGAAACAUCCACAGAGAAUGACAGUAAACAGUCAGCUAGUGUAAAAAACCAAAAUAUGGUUGUUACUGUAAAAAAGAAUCAACCCAAAAGUGGGAGAGGGAAAAGCAUUGUACCUGCAUUCCAAAUACCUAUGCCUUUAGAAAGCAUUGCUGUUGCAAAGGAAAAAGUAGCAAAAGAGAAUCCGCCCAGGAGAGGUAGAAGCAAACAAGUCAUAUCUCAGGAAACAUCCACAGAGAAUGACAGUAAACAUGCAAUUGAUAUAAAAGACCAAAAUAUGUUUUUCAAAAUAUCCAGCUCUGAAGGGGAGAACCAAUCAAAAACGGGUAGAGGAAGAAAGAUUUCCCCUCUAUCCCAAACACUUAUUUUGCCCCUCAAAAAUAAUAUUUCAUCUUUGCUACCAUCAACCAAAGGCAAAAGUGAAGCAGAACAGCCAAAUAAAGCUUUGGAAACUGCAACUACUGCAAAAGAGAAUCUGUCAUGUAGAGGCAGAAGAAAAACAGAUGAUAUAAUUGUAACAAGCUCAGUUUCUGCCAGUAAAAAACCUAGAUUGCUUGAUAAUGGCAACCAAGAAAAAAAUCCUACAGAUGUUCAAGAAAAGACACAAGAGAAUGUAUCCAAAAGAGGUAGAAGAAAACAGUUAAUUCCGUAUAAAACCUCAAUAGAAAGUAAUUGCCAACUAGAAAAUGAUAGUAGAAAGGCUACACCUGUAAAAGAUAAUACAAUGUCUUUGGGAAAUGGUUUUGGGAAAGAGAACAAUUCAAAGAGGAAGAGAGGGGAAAAGAUUGUAGUCGUAUCUGAAGUACCUCCUUGUCUCAAAGUAAGCAUCACUCUACCACCAUCACAUUCAGACAAAGGUGGACUUGUUAGUGAAAAUCAAAGUGCACUUAUUGGAAAUGAGGCUAUUGGAAAAGGGAGACUAGCAAAAUGUGUCAGAAGAAAUAAUAAAAUAGUGCCACCCACAUCUGUCAGAAAAUGUAAGCUUCCUGAAGAGGAGGUUUUUCUGGGAAAACAAAAUGUAGAUUUGGAAAAGAAAGCUGUGGCAAAUGAGAAACAGUGUAGAAGAGGUAGAAGGAAAAUUGAUACAGUUGAAGCAACUAUUUCUGCUUCUCUGAAAGAAAAAAAUGGAUUGGCUAUAAAUGGUGCUAUUGCUCCUAAAGAUCAACUGGUGAUUCUGGACAAUAAUGUUUCUAAUCAAAAAGAUGCUUCAAAGAGCAGGGGACAAAAAUUAUAUAAAGGAAAAAACUUGCUAAAAACCACUGAUCAAAGUAACACUUCUAACAAUGACCAAAGUAGUUAUUUGGAACACUCAAAUCUGCUGGAGCAAAAGAAUUCAUCCAAACGGGGAAGAAGGAAACAGGUUAACAGUGACUCAGAAAUGAAUGCCACCACUUGUGACUUGCCAAAAAGCUCCUUUCCAGAAAAUAAAUCAACAAAAACUAAAGCAGAAAACACUGGAAGUACAACAUUGCAAAAAGGAAAAAGAAAGAAAAUGAAAGAAGAACAUACCACAGCUAUGACGAAGCCUGCUGCAGAAACAGAAGGCAAAACAAGAGCAAGCAGAAGAAACAGAAAAUAAGUAUUGUAAUCUUUGGUACUGGAUUGUGUGUGUUUUUUCUUGUGCAGGGUGAAUUGGUAUAUGUUAAGGUCUUGAAAUCCAGGGUUGUAAAGUCUGCAUUUAGAAACAAUUUUUGUUUGUUUAACUUCCUUCAACUUAAUCCAUACAUUGAUACCCUUUCUUAUGCAAAGUUCUGUAAAUAUUCUUUUCAAAUAUUUUGUAGGGCUUUUUGUUUAAAGAUGCAGGGGCUGGGGAAUUGUGAUUUUUAGCUGUUCUGAUCUGUAUUGUCUUAAGAAAUUUUAAAUAUUGGUGUUACUCUAUUUGUGCAUUUUGACAUUAAACCAUACAUUUAUCUAAUA